AUGCAACUUCAAAUUAAAAAUUUACAUAAUGAAUCAUUUACUGUUGAUUGUAAUAAGGAAGAUACGGUUAAAGUAGUCAAAGAAAAUAUAGCUGCAAAAAAUGAUUUAAGAGAAAAAUAUGAUGCUGAUUUACUCAAAUUACUAUGUAAAGGAAAAGUCAUGGAUGAUGAAGAUACAAUUGAGUCUUUUAAUAUACCAAGUGAUGGUUAUCUUGUUCUUGUUAAACAAACACCCGGCAAACCAAAACCACCUCCAAAAAAGAAACCUAAUCAAGGAUUCAAUAAUUUUGGUGGAUUUAAUUCAUCAUUUGGAAUGGGACAAAUGCCAAAUUCAUUUAUGCAAAGUCCUUUUGGUCAAGAUCCAUUUAUGCAACAAUCAUUUCAACCACAUUCGUUUAUGCAAAGCCCAUUUCAAGCAAAUAGUUUUGGUCAAAACGCGUUUUCACAACAUGCAAUUCGACCACAAACACAUUUUCAACCACAAGCACACUAUCCACCUCAAACACAAUAUCAACCACAUCACCAAACUGGUAGUACGACGACUCCAGGAGCAAGUGCACAUCCAUCAGCUAGUGAACGUGAAGAAGCUUUACAAACCUUAUUAGCAAUGGGUUUUGAUCGUGAACAAUCUGAAAAAGCAUUACGUGCUAGUGCUUAUACUCCAGAACUUGCCAUAGAAUUCUUAACAUCAGGUAACAUUCCUGAAACGAAUGAUGAACCUGAUCUUCCACCAGCACCUACACCAGAGGUUCCACCGGUUCAACCGAAUCCAGCAGCUGCUUUUAAUCCAGGUGCGGGUAUGAAUCUUCAACAAAUAGGUCAAAUGCUCGAACAAAAUCCUCAACAACUUCAAGUAAUUAAAAAUGCAUUAAGAGCUGAACAUCCAGAAAUGGCUAGAAUGAUUGAUGACGAUCCACAAGGAUUUAUUAAUUUACUUCGACAAGCAGGAGAAGGUGGUGGUAGUCAAAGUCCAUUGCUUGGCCAUGGUGCUGGUGCUGGUACUGGUACCACUGGUGGUGCUGGUCAAAGCUCAAUAAAAGUUGAACUUUCAUUCCAAGAACAACAAAUUAUCAAUCGAAUUCAAGAUAUGGGUUUUGAUCGAAAUCGUGUUAUGGAAGCAUUUCUUGCUUGUGAUCGUAAUGAAGAAAUGGCUGUUAAUUAUCUUUUGCAUGCUUACGAUUAA